ACAUAACCCCGCACGCGAAAGUAAACUUUUUGUGUUUGUUGAUAUCAUUUUCAUUUGCGCUUCCGAAUUAAUUUAUCUUUCGAUGGAAGCCGACACUCAAACAUCCGACAACAAGGAAAAGGAGUGCAGUCUGCUUGUAAUAGUUUUAGAUACAAAUCCGUCACAGCAAAUAGUUCGACGAAAUCCACAAACCGUUGAUCGGAAUGCUCGAACACCGAUUUCUCUAAUCCUUGAUUCCGUUUGUUCAUUUUCCAAUGCUCACCUUAUGCAACGACCACAAAAUAAACUAGCGGUGCUAGAUUGUCACCAUCAUGCGACUGAAUUUCUAUAUCCAACACCAGGUCGACCAUUAGACAUACGACAAGUUGACGGUCAAUAUGAAGUGUUUACACUGGUGGAAAAGACAAUCAAACAGAAAAUGUCAGAAAUAAUAUCAAGUGCACCGAAGAUGUCGAGCCCAUGCGAAUCGUUACUAGCUGGGAGCAUAGCCAUGGCAUUAAGUUACAUAGCACGUCUGGAACGAAAUAAGCCGCUAGGUUCUCGAAUCAAUGCUAGAAUUUUGGUAGUUACUGGCAGCAAUGAGUGUGCAUCACAGUACAUGACCUACAUGAAUGUAUUUUUCACCGCCCAAAAGCAGAACAUUGUACUUGAUGUAUGCGCAUUGGAUAAGUCGUUGACCUUAUUGCAGCAAGGUUGCGACAUAACGGGUGGACAGUAUUUACGAUUACCUCAAUUGGAAGGUCUGUUGCAGUAUCUGCUGUGGGUGUUCCUGCCGGAUCCUGCGACUAGACUGAAAUUGGUUUUACCUCCGCCAGUUAAAGUUGAUUACCGAGCUGCUUGUUUUUGUCAUCGUGAACUUAUCGACAUUGGUUACGUUUGCUCCGUUUGUUUGUCAAUCUUCUGUAAAUUCAGUCCGAUAUGCACCACAUGCCAUACCGUCUUCAAAAAUCCAACUCCGAUUGCCGGUAAGCCAAAGAAAAAGAAAACUCGACCAUCGAUGUAAAAAGCAAGCUGCACAUCAUUCAGUUCCCAAGUUAUUGGAUCAUGAAAUUGUUUUUUUUAAUUUUUUUUUAUUAAAAACCUAC